AUGCCUCCCCAACCCUACGUAAUCGGUGACUCCUCGCCCUUCCUCAAGCGCGUGCUAAUUCCCUUCUGGGUAAUCCGGAUCAUCAUCAUGCUUCUCGAGCUGGUCGCGUGCGGUCUCCUGGUCGCCGUCAUCGCCCUUCAACAGGACGAGCUGGAAAGCGACUUCGGUGGCAGCACGGUCAACACGGCGAUCGCCAUCGUGGCGGUCGAUAUGACGCUCGUCGUUUUGUGUUUGGUGCUGGACAUUGUGUGCAUCGUCAAGCGCUCGCGGCGCACGCUGAGCCCCAAGUUUUUCUUGAUCACGAACGUCGUGCAGACGACUAUUUGGGUGGUGUUCUUCAUCUUGGCUAUGAUUGGUGCUAGGACUGCAGGAACGAUUAUUCUUGGGAUUGUGAUCUUCAUCUCAUUCGUAGGCAUGCUCAUCUACGCCUCCGUCAUCUACCACCGAUUCCGCAAGGGCGACCUCAAUCCCGGCGCCGGCGCCGAUGGCUACGUCAAGGCGGCGAACCCCGCCAUUAGUCACGGCUUUUACGCUGAAGACACGGCCUACGCUUCUCAGGCAUAUGCCACCCAGGUCCAGCCUUCGGCUCAGAAGUAUCCUGCCAGUCCGUAUAGCGUGGGCGUCACUCCUGUCGACAACGCCUCCUACGCAGCGACGCAAUAUCCCAAGCCGACGUAUUACGACGCCCCGGUGCAUGGUGGUCAGCAGCAGGGGUAUGAGCUUGAGAGCCGUAAUCCUUAG